AUGUAUCCGGCAAUUACUUGUCAGGUAAUCGGUGACGAGUUUCUGACGGAUCCAUGCAGACUGGACCAUGAUUGCCGACCAGAAAAGUAUGUUAGAGAAAGAGGAGACAGAGCCGUCUACGAGGAGCUGCAACAUGUUAGGGAGGACUCCAAAUACACUGCAAUAAAGCCAGUGCAGGUAUUUUUCGAUCUCGUGGCCCAACGUCGAGAAGCGGACAACGGUAGUCUAUCUGUGAUAUUUCGCAGUCGGGAAUGGGGAACUCCAUCAGAGCAAACAUUCGUAGAUCGGGCUACAAUUCUCGAAAGCCAGCAAUAG